UUUUCCUUUAAUCCUAAGGCUCUACAUUUGCCAAAGCCAAGCCUGAAAUUCCCUGGACAUCACUAACUCGGAAGGGAAUAGUGAGAGUUGUAUUUUUUCCGUUAUUCAGCCAGUGGUGGAUACAGGUUACUUCCCAGCGUAUUUUUAUGUGGCUCCUGGUGCUCUACGUUAUGCAGGUCAUAGCAGUUGUGUUGUAUUUCAUGAUGCCCGUUGUGAAUGCAAGUGAAGUCAUGGGACCAAUGUGCCUUAUGUUACUGAUGGGAACUGUUCACUGUCAAAUAGUGUCCACCCAGGUCAGCAGACCGUCAGGAAACAACGGACUCAGCAGGCGGAGGAGGAAGUUACGCAAAUCUGUGGGUGUCGAUGGGAACAGUUGGUCUUCUCCUGACAAAAACAGUAAAGAAGAGCAGCCUGAACCUGCAUCAGUUCUUAACAAUGUAUUUACCAUGCUUUUCCGAAGGAGGAUUAGAAGAGUAAAGUCGGUAGCUGAGAAGGGGACUGAGACAGAAAAUGUUGUGAAUGCUGUGGACAAUGAUAUUAAACACAGACAUGCCAGAUCUGAGUACAGGCUGUUGCACUUCAAAGAGAAAAAUAAACUUUCCAAUGGGGAAAAGAACCAUCAGGAUGACUGCACCAACAGAGGGGCCAUUUCCGAUGAGCUUUCCAGUGAGGAGGAUGCUGAAGCAAUGGCACAAAGGAUCUUGUUGCGCCAGAAUGUAGAAGGGGCUUCCAGCGACAAUAGCUGUGAAGAGAAGCAGAAGAGGCCUCUUGUUUCUCUGAACCAGGCUGUCUCGCAGGUCAAGCAAGCCCUGAAAGGUGCCAGAGACUCUGAUAGUGUCGUGGAAUCGGAACUAGAAUCCACGUUAUACAGUCAG